AUGAAACAAUGGGGCGAUAGUUUGAUCUCAAGAAAUGAGUUGCAUGAGAGCAUCAAAUCGGCCGGCAAACCGUUGACAAGUGAAGAUUCGUCGAUACUCAAUGGUGUCCGAAUGGCUGUGGAUGCCCUCUCACAGAAGACGAAUGCCUACAGGAAAGCGAUCGAUACAGCUCAGAAAAUGGGGAAUCGACCGGGACAAGGCAAGCGCCCACGAGUUCCGAUCCCGAUGAGAGGUGGAAAUUUGGAAGCAAACAAGCAAAAGAGAGACCAAUUUCUUCAAACAUUCAUUCCAAAUCGAGGCGCAAUUCGUUCUAAUGACUUUACUGAAAAG